AGUUGAAAAAAUUCCAAACCGCGGUAACAACCUGCACUUCCAUACUUGCUAUCAAACUCUUUUUCACAAAAUAGCGCGUACACUGCAGCGAUGAAACCAGAAAAUCCCCUUCAUCUCACCACCCAGAAGUGCACCACUGGUUGUCCGAUCCUCGACCGAUUCCUUGCUGGCGGCAUCCCCUGCAACUCUAUUACCGAACUUGUUGCAGAGAGCGGAUGCGGCAAAACCCAACUCUGUCUCCAGCUCGUCCUCUCCGCACAGCUCCCCAUCUCGCAGGGCGGCCUUGCUGCCUCCUCUCUUUACUUCUACUCGGAAUUCCCCUUUCCUUUCCGUCGCCUCCAACAGCUCUCUUCUUCCUUUAGCUCCUCUCAUCCUGACCUUUUCUCCACUCACGAUCCCUGUGAUCACAUCUUUGUCCGUGGACUCCAGUCCGCCGAUGAAUUGCUUGGCCUAUUAGACAGAAUUGAUACCUUUCUCACUAACCCACCUUCUCGGUUACCAGUAAAACUGAUCGUGAUUGAUUCAGUUGCCGCACUAUUUCGCUCGGAAUUUGAGAACACCCCAGGUGAUCUGAAGCGAAGGUCAUCGCUCUUUUUCGGGAUUGCAGGGAAGUUAAAAUUGCGGGCAAAAAGGUUUGGUCUAGCCAUUGUGAUUACGAACCAGGUUGUCGAUUUGAUCGGAUCAGAUACUGCCAACGGUGUGAGAGUUGGAAAUUUAAGCUGUUUAUAUUCAUCGGGAAGACGGGUUUGCUCAGCCCUGGGUUUGUCAUGGGCCAAUUGUAUAAAUUCUAGGCUUUUCUUGUCAAGGGUGGACGAGAUUGCUGGUAAAGAGACUGCUGUGAAAGACGAUGAAGGUGGGAAUUCAGUCCUCGUAUGUACCAGGAGGAGAAUGCACGUCGUUUUUGCGCCACAUUUGCCGGAAUCGUCCUGUGAGUUUGUCAUUGUGAGAGAAGGGGUUUUUGGGUUGGAUGAACGAUGAUCCUUCUGUUGUUUUCUAUAUUUAUUGAAGACAGUUUCCGAUUAAAGGGCGGUGUGAUCUUGUUUUUUGGUCGGGUAGCUUUCUUAUUUGAUUAGGUCUGUUGAGAGAUACAACUUCGAGCAAGAAAAUGGCAAUAGGUAAUUUUCUUAUUUGA